AUGAACAGCAACGCCAUCGCCGACCCGGCGCACCCCUCCGAUGACCCAUCCGCCGUGCAGGCGCAGUCCUACCCCAAUGGCCACCUGGGUCACUUGACGCAAAGCGAAGAGGAGGCGCUCAACAAAUUCAGAGCAAUCUUGGAGGAGAGAGGGUACUGGAAACACGGGCCUCCCGCCUCGCAUGACGACCCCACGUUGUUGCGCUUCCUCCGUGCCCGCCGAUGGGUGCCCGAAGAUGCCUUUACGCAAUUCAAAGAUACCGAGGACUGGCGCGUCGCUAACGACAUUGAUGUUCUGUACCGCACCAUCGAAAUUGAUGCCUACGAACAAAGCAGGCGCUUGUACCCUCAAUGGAUUGGUCGUCGUGAUCGCCGCGGCAUCCCCGUCUACGUCUACGAGGUCAAGCCCCUUGACGCCAAAACCGUCUCUGAAUAUGAGCGCCUCGGCAACCAGACCUUCUCUGAUGCGAAAACGGACGGCAAAACACCCUCUGGGAUGCUUCGCCUCUUCUCCCUCUACGAGAACCUGACGCGCUUCAACCAGCCCCUCUGCACACAGCUCAAGAACAGGGAGUACCCCGAAGUGCCCAUCACCAUGUGUAACAACGUUGUAGACAUCUCGGGUGUGGGACUGAAGCAAUUUUGGAAUCUCAAGACACAUAUGCAGUCUGCAUCGCAGCUCGCAACAGCAUAUUAUCCAGAAACACUGGAUCGGAUCUUCAUUAUUGGCGCGCCCAUGUUCUUUAAUACCGUUUGGGGGUGGAUCAAGAGGUGGUUUGAUCCCAUUACUGUGUCCAAAAUCUUCAUCUUGAACGAGAAUGAGGUCAAGCCCACGCUCGAGAGCUUCAUCGACAUUAAGAACAUCCCCAAGAAGUACGGUGGCGAGCUGGACUUUGAGUUUGGGAAGCUUCCUCUGCCUGACCCGGAAUUCGAGGGCGUCCUCGAGUGGGAGAACGGCUACACUUCGUUCCCGACCGGCCCUCUAUUGUGGGAAGAGAUUGACGGCGGCAAGACGAUGGCAUGUGUGCUCCACGGCCGGCGCGACGGGAAGAAGGUCCAUGAACGUAUUUGCACGAUUCCCAAAGUGUGGCCCCCAGUCCCCCAUCAGAAGAUGAACGGCGUUGUGCCUGAUCCCGAGGUUCUCAAAACCAUAGAGGAAAAGCACUCGUCCGACGACACAAUUGCCAACGGGGAGGAGUGGAAGAAACUUGAUAUCAAAGAUAAAGAAGAGCAGCCUGCGAGCGGGCCUGAUGCACCCGCUGUUUGA